AUCAUAUCGAUAAUGCUGUUGAUGGAAUGGAUACCUGUUUUUGUUUUCGUAUUGCAAUCCCGGUUCGUAUAAAAGAAACUUAUCGCUUACUGGGAGAACUCAGUACCUGUAGAUUUCAGAGCAUGUGUGCAAUAGUUUACAGUGCCGGAAUGGCAGUACGUUUGCUUUCCAGGUUCAUUCUCCUAAUUGAAGUUUUGACAACUUUUUCAGCCCCUCGUGAAGGUUAUGGUCCGGGAUGGCAAGAUUGGGGCUACGUGGAGGUUCGAAAAGGAGCACAUAUGUUCUGGUGGUUGUACUACACAACGGCAGAGGUAGAACAGUUCACCGAUAGACCAUUGCUAAUUUGGCUACAAGGCGGUCCCGGCGCGUCGUCGAUGUAUGGCAAUUUCGAAGAACUAGGUCCGUUGACACUAGAAGGAGAAGAGCGAAACCAUACUUGGGUGAAAAACUAUAACGUCCUGUUUAUCGACAACCCCGUCGGAACUGGAUUCAGCUAUGUGGAAGAUUCAUCACUCUUGACCAAAGACAACGCAGAGAUUGCCGAUGACUUGCUCACGUUCAUCAAAGAGUUCUACAGACUCAACCCGGAGUUCAUGACCACUCCACUGCACAUCUAUGCCGAAAGUUACGGUGGUAAAAUGGCACCUGAAUUUGCCUACGUUCUGGACAAGGCGAUAAAAAAUGGAGAAAUCGAUAUUAAAUUGGAGUCGGUGGGAAUAGUGGCACCCUGGGUUUCGCCAAUCGAUUCCGUGCUCUCGUGGGCCGAAUUUUUGCUCAACAUGGGUUUCGUUGACACCAAGGGAUACCGACAAAUUCAAGCAGCCGCUAUCGAGACCGAACACGUUCUUAACGAAGGACGGUAUGCGGAGGCCACCUCGCAGUGGGGGCGAACUGAAGCCGUUAUCGUGAACGAGACGUUAGGGAUUGAUUUUUAUAAUGUUCUCUUCACGCAAGACUUCCAAUCUGCAAGGUCGAGGUUGGCGAUGUUUGCUAAGGAUAUGAAACAGGCAACUCUGGAAAGUGCUAUCCGGCUCGCAUCAGAAGAUCGUGAUCAAAUGCUGCAAGAUCUAAUGAGAGGUCCGGUUGCUACAACGUUACAACUUCCAGCGGAGUCAGUGUAUAACGCACAGGGUGGAUGGGUCUUUCAGAGUAUGACUGGAGAUUUCAUGAAACCGGCAAUUCACAUCAUUGAGCUUCUACUGAAUAACACCAGUUUGGACGUGAUUGUGAUCACCGGUCAGUUGGAUUUGAUUGUUGCCACUCCGGGUAAUGUCGUAUGGCUUGAAAAGGUUCAGUGGGAAGGCCGUAAUCAGUACCUGCAAGCUCCAAGGGAUGGAGUUGGUCCACAUGGUAUGUUAGAAGGCUAUCAGAAGAGCUACAGAAGGUUGUACAUGUACUGGGCACUGCGCGCUGGUCACAUGGUACCAGCAGAUAAUCCAGUACUAAUGAAUUAUAUUUUGCAGAAGCAUGCGGGUUUUCCUUAGUAUUUUUAAUCAACGUUAAAUGUAACUUGUAGUAA